AUGAAUGUCAAAAGACAGCUAGUCUUGGGGGAUUAUGUAAAAGCACUUGCUGUUCUUAAAGCUGCCGUGGUAACGUGGCCAGAUUGUGAAAUGUUUAAGACUGGUGCUGAGGCUGACGACGGAAAAUCGACGGACGAACAGCGGUAUACUUGAAAUUGAAAUGUGUCAAAUUAUUUUAGCAGAUUUUUGAAACGUGUCAAAUAGAUGCUUCCAUCUACAGACUAAGGCGAUUUUCAGUAGAGUGCCGACAUCAAUGUUAACUAGAGAUGCGUAUUUCCUAUGGACGAAUUUAGGCAAUUUGGUUCAAUAAUUAGUGUGACAACAGACGCCAUUUUGGCACGCUUUAUGAGCAGCCCGCAACCACCUGGAGAAAAUAGGGUCGCACGGUCAAUCGCGUUGAAAAAAUAAUAGGGUCGGCAGAAAAAAAUAGGGUCGGUCGGGAACCGGAACCACAGGGUUUUUUUUUACGCCUAAAUUUUGAUCUAGGCAAGAAGAACAAAAUCCAUCACCACGGCUAGAAAGAGCAUGUUAAAAUUAGUAAAAUUGCAAAGUUUGGUUGCGAAAUAUUGUAAAAUGCGGAAAAUAUAGCCCUGCGAAAUUUGCAAAUUUUGUAUUUAAUUUGUAUUACGCGCGGGAAAAUUAAUGCACCACUUUUGGGCCGAAAGUGGUGCAUUUUUCCGUACGGUAAUAUACAACUUAAAACUGUACAAAAUUUGCAAAUUUCAUAGGGCUAUAUUUUCCUCAUUUUACAACAUUUCGCGGCCAAACUUUGCCGGUUUACUAAUUUUAACAUGCUCUUUCUAGCUGUGGUGAUGGAUUUUGUUCUGCUUGCCUAGAUCAAAACUUAGUCUGUAACUGAAAUCAUGUAUUGUGUAGCAUUUGGUAUUGAAGUAUAUCUAAUUUUAGGGAUGAGGAAGAAAAGACCAAAAAUAAAGAAGACAUUGUUAAUAGAGAACUGACGUUAUUGAAGAAA